AUGGAGUCGUCAAAUGGUAACACUCCCCUUCCGGAGGAUAUGAACAAGCCUCCGGAGGGUCUGGUUCUUCCCCCUAAGGAUAUUCGAGCGAUCGUCGAGAAGACUGCGGGUUAUGUUACUCGCAAUGGAUCGGUCUUUGAAGAUCGUGUCCGCGAAAAGGAAAAGAACAACCCGAAAUUCUCCUUCCUGAACCCCGGCGAUGCCUACGCGCCCUUCUACCAGUGGCGCCUGACUGAGAUUAAGGAUGGCCGUGGCACCUCUGUCUCAGCAGGACGAGCAGGUGAAGCUGUUGCUGCUGAACCUGAAAAGCCCAAGGGGCCCCCCGAACCCCCGGCGUUCCAUUUCUCUGCGCGCAUGCCUAUCAUCAAUGCGCAGGAUCUGGAGGUGGUUAAACUCACAGCGCUGUACGUCGCCAAGCGAGGGAAGUCCUUCAUGACGGCGUUGUCGCAGCGCGAAGCUAGGAACUUCCAGUUUGAUUUCCUUCGCCCACAGCAUAGUCUGUACCAAUUCUUCAUCCGCCUGGUCGAUCAGUACACCAUCUUGCUACGGUCAGAGGGAAUUGACGACUCCACCACUGAGGAGAAGCGGAUCGCCGAGCUUGAACACAAUGUGAAGAAUAAAUACCAUAUCCUGGAGCGCGCAAACCAGCGGGCCGAGUGGGUGAAACAUCAGGAACAGCAGAAGGUGCAGAAGGAGGAGCAAGAGGAGCAAGAGCGCAUCGAGUAUGCCCAGAUCGAUUGGCACGACUUCGUGGUGGUCGAGACGGUGCUGUUCACGGAAACUGACGACCAGGCCGACCUGCCGCCGCCAACGUCCCUCACAGACCUGCAAUCCGCCUCCCUUGAACAGAAAGCAGCCAUGUCCCUCAACCCGCUGCGCAUCGAAGAGGCCAUGCCCACCGACCUCGACAACCCGACCUACUACAACGCCUACCCAGCCCAGCUAGAACCUUCCUUCCCCGUCCAACCACCCUCCGUCUCCCCAUAUCCGGCCCAAGCAGCCUCCUACCCACCGGCGAUGGACUACGGCAUGCAAUAUCCCGCGCAACCAGAGGCCGCGCAAGCCCGCACCGAAUCACCCGUGCCCGUGCCCGGCCAACAGCCCAUGCGCAUUCGCUCAGACUAUGUCCCCCGCGCCCAGGCCCGCCGCCAGCAAGCCGCCGGCGGCACCGCUCUCUGCCCGAACUGUCACCAGCAGAUUCCCGUCGCCGAACUGGAACAGCACAUGCGCAUCGAGCUACUCGACCCGCGAUGGAAGGAGCAGCGUGCGAAGGCCGACUCCCGCAGCGCGACGACCAACCUGUCUACUGUGGAUGUCGUCAACAAUCUCAAGCGGCUCGCCAGCCAGCGCAGCGAUGUGUUCGAUGCCUCACUGGCGCCCGAUCCCGAGGAGGAAGCGCGCCGCAAGCGCAUGGCUAUGGGUGGGGCCACGCCGGAUGGCACGCUUCCCCCGGAAUGUCUGCGCCGCCAGGGCCGGCUGUGGGGCCCGGGGAAUAUGAAUAUCGAGGACCAAAUUCGGCAUAUUCAUCAGAUCGCCAAGCAAUGA